UCGCCCUUUUAUAACUGAGGCCAGAAAUUGCAUGUUAAAACCCAGCCAAAACCUUUUUAUAGCUUUUCACUACCUUUUUUCUUCCGGCGUUCCGAAUCUCUUUUCCACUAGACAAGUAGAACACCAAAUGGCAACCCCGGACGAAAGUCCCUCUGCUAAGCGGUGGCUUCCUCUUGAAGCUAAUCCAGAUGUUAUGAACCAGUUCCUUUGGGGCUUAGGUCUUCCGGAGAGAGAAGCUGAGUGCUAUGAUGUUUAUGGCUUGGAUGAGGAGCUCUUGGAAAUGGUUCCGAAGCCUGUUCUUGCCGUUCUGUUCCUCUAUCCCAUCACUCAGAAGAGUGAAGAAGAAAGGAUGCGGCAGGAAGGAGUGCAAAAGGAACUUAGCAGUAAAGUUUAUUUCAUGAAACAAACUGUGGGUAAUGCUUGUGGAACAAUAGGGCUUCUUCAUGCUGUUGGUAACAUCACUUCAGAGAUCAUGCUCGUUAAGGGAUCAUUCUUGGAUAAGUUUUUCAAAUCCACUGCAAAGAUGGGUCCUCUGGAGCGUGCUGCAUUUCUUGAGAAUGACAGAGAAAUGGAAGUUGCUCAUUCUGUAGCAGCUACAGCUGGUGAUACAGAGGCUUCAGAUAAUGUGGACUCGCACUUUAUCUGCUUCACAUGUGUGGAAGGAGAACUUUUUGAGCUUGAUGGAAGGAAGUCAGGACCAAUAUCACAUGGUGCAUCCUCACCAAGCAGCUUAUUGCAGGAUGCAGCAAAAGUUAUACGGAACAUGAUCCAGGAAAACCCAGACUCCCUCAACUUUAAUGUGAUCGCCAUUUCAAAGAAAGCUGAGGGUGCGUUUUAAAAGGUUGGCAAUUUAAGAGUCCUUUGAAAUGUUUUUCAAUUUUAUUUUGUCCAGCCAUCCAUGAUGUGCUCGGUUGUAUACUUUAUAAAACCCUUUGUGAUCAGAUGAACACUUGCUUGGAAUAAUUCUCUUUUCGCAUCUGUACAAGUUAAAUCUUUUAGCGUAAGAUUCAUGUUUUUGUCUUUGCUAA